AUGCCGGCUAAAGUCUACAAGAAGACCGUAUUGGCCCUUACAAGGGCUAGGGCUAAACUUAGUUUCCUAAUGGAGUGCCAGAGUAACGAUGUUUUGCCUAUGUCUAUUCACCGGAUACGCCUCCCCAAGAACUGCGAGACAAUACUCCCGAAACUCAGGAAGAUAUGUUUAAGAAGGGCCAUUCGAGUCGCCAGGAAGAACGUCUAUUCCAUCCUGGACAGAUUAAUCCGAUUAGAGAACCAAAUGUUCAAACGCAACCGGACGGAACUUGAAGACGAGAACAGAAGGGCGGCGUGCUUCCAGGAAAUCCUAUUGCGCAACCUACAGACAAGGUACCGUAAAAAACUUGACUGGAUCUUAGCUAAACAAAGUCCGCACAAAAAACCGUCGCGGGCUGCACCGGUGAUUUGUUGGGACCACAUAACUCCCCCGGAUUUUCUCCUUAGCAUCAUGCAGCAUGGUCCGAUGUUUGCCUCGGGACUGUCGAAAAUGCGCCCGGAGAAUAUAAUGCCAGACAUCGAAAUGCUCAUCAACGGCUUGAGCGACACCCGAAAGGAGUACUACAGGUGGAAAGCCGCAUUCACGUUUUGUUCGGUCAACUGGACCCGCGAUGACAAAUGGUGGCGCAUCUUACGAAAAACCAGGAAAUGGUUGACGGACGAACGCAUCAUGGUCCUAAAAGCGGAUAAAAAUAAAUCGCUCGUUCUAUUAAAGGAAGCCACCUACAGGUCUCUCAUGCAACGGUAUAUCGACGACACUGACUGCGAGCCCACCGACGACGGCUACAUAGAUAAGCUACAGUCCCGUGUUUCUAGGUUCACCCGCACGUCGUUAGCCAUGAAAUGGGGAUUGAGCAAGGCGGUCGUUGCCGCUCCUGACGUUCCGAGGCUGUUCGCGUUCGCCAAAACGCACAAACAGACCCCGUCUCUUAGGCCGGUCCUGGAUAAAGCCAGAUCCCCUAUGAGGCUGCUCGAGAAGGCCGUCCACAACAUCGCCGCCGAGCGACUGAGGGGUUACAAGUUUUCUACCACCAAUUCUGCCGAGUUUGUAGAGGUGUUACGGCGAGUCAAGGUUGGGGAGGACCUGCACAUCACGGUAUUGGAUUUCGUGUCCCUUUUCCCUUCGAUAAGGCUGCAGCCAUGCUUCUGCGCUCUUAGGGACCUGCUACUACGUGAGAAUGAUGCACUCCGGCACCGUGAGCAGAUAUUGGAGCUGGCGCAUCUUAUGUGCUACACCUCGGUCUUCCAGUUUAACGGGGCCACUUAUUUACAAAGAAGAGGUGUCCCCAUGGGCAGCCCGCUUUCGGGGGACCUUUGCGAGCUGGUGGUGAGACAACUUGAGGAGAAAGUGUUGCCCAAAUUCUUACCAAACAUCAGUCUAUACCAAAGAUACGUGGACGACAUCUUUAUACUGUGGAAAACCACUCCCAAUCUGGACGAUUUUUUGUCGUGUAUGAACGACAAUGCAUAUGGCCUCACCCUCGGCUUAGAACAGGUUAGCAACUCGAGUGCUCAUUUUCUUGAUGUUAACAUCCGUCUCAGGGGGGGCAAGAUAGAAACGAGCGUCUACCAUAAACCUGACCAACUCCCGCUGUUCAUUCCCGCGUGCUCUUCUGACCCCUUUGUUUACAAAAUGGCGGCUUUCCGAGCCCUUACCAAACGGGCUUUCACGCACCCCACACAUGUGCGCGACGCAUGGUUGGAGAUCCGACGCAUAGAAAAAAUUGCCGUGGAACAUGGUUAUAACAAAGCCUUGGUCCGCGGUUUAGCACGCACAUACGCUCGCCGCCCCCCUAGCCGCAGGGACAGCCCCCUACCAUCGCCGGACGACAACCGACAACCGGAUGGGAACGCGAAACGCGCGGUCGUCCGCUUCAACCGGCAUUUAGACCCCCUAUAUAGGGAGAUCGCUAGCAACAGCCGCACCAAAAUCGCGUACUUAAGAACCGGCACGCUUUACGACUUGCUGCGCAACGCGAAGGACGCAAUCGAUCUCACCAGGGCCCCAGGUGUUUACUCCAUUCCCAUACGGGACGACAGGUUCAAUAGAGACUUAGUUUACAUCGGCUCCACCAUCCGAUCAACACAGAAACGAAUACGCGAACACCAAGCUGAUAUUAAGCAUAAAAGACACACCACUGCCUUAUCCACCUAUGUCACCGACCCUGAAAUAAGGGCGGACUUCCGGAACACCAAAGUUAUCAGACACGUGUUCCGCGCGGAUCACAUCCGUCACCUGGAGGCCUGGGAGAUUCACAAAGCUAGAAGGGGGGGCAACUGCAUCAACUACAAGGACGGGGAAACACUUGCACAGGCGUGGAAGUAUUUAUUCGAGGAGUUCGAGCAAUGGCGGUCGGAGGGGUGA